UGUAAGGAGUUGUGUGAAGAUGCUUCUGUUUUGGGUUAUGCUACAUGUUCUUCUUUAUCAAAGAAUUACAGAUGCCUUAGUUCCAGUGGUCACAGCCCAGCUGGGCAAACCUGUGACUUUAACAUGUGAUUUGAACAUGGAGUUUGAGAGCCUGGACUGGCUUCACUGGUACAAGCAGACUACAGGAGAUGCUCUCAAAUUAAUUUCAGUCCUGCAGAAGAAUGCAAACCCUAUUUAUGGAGCUGGAUUUUCUCCCUUAAAUUUCAACUCAUCAUAUGAUAACAAAAUGUUUAAUCUGACGAUCUUGAGGACUGCUAAAGAAGAUAAAGGAAUGUAUCACUGUGUGCAUAUGAACCGGUAUAAAUCUAUAUGGAAUGGGAGUUACUUAUCAUUAGAAGGAAACACAGAGACAACAUCAAGCUACCGUGUUGUUCAGCAGCCAGCUGUUCUAGAUCCAUCCCGUCCAGCAGAGUCAGAUACUCUGCAGUGUUCACUCCUUUCUCAGCCUGAGGAAAAGACCUGUUCAGGAGAACCCAGUGUGUUCUGGUUAAGAGCCAAACCAGACAAGUCUGUUCCAGAUCUUAUCUUCACUGAUGGAAAAACACCUGAAAAUUGUGAGAAGCCAUCAAACGCUGAAAAGAGAUGUAGUUAUAACUUCUCUAAGAAGGUUUCCCCUUCUGAUCUUGGAACAUACUACUGUGCAGUGGCCACAUGUGGAGAGAUAUUACUUGGAGAUGGAACUAGAGUUGAAAUUGCUCAUUCAUUAAGUGACAUGUCUUUAGUAAUAACAAUGAUCUGCUUGGCCAUAUCUGUGCUUUUGAAUAUUGGCUUAAUUUGUUGCCAAACUCACAGGAGAUCACUCAAAAACAGAAAAAGAUCUUCUUCACAAACACAACAUAAUCACACAAGGCAACCUGAUGAGUUUACAGAAGAAGGAGAGCAUCUGACCUAUGCUGCCUUACAUUUCUCUACAGGGACGGAGAACAGGAGAGAGUUGAAGACUAAAGAAAGUGUGUAUUCAAAUGUCAGAUUCAGUCAUUUAGAAUAUACAUCCUGAUGAAGCUCCUUUGUCUGAUUAAAUAUACCUUAAAAAAAACGACAUUUAAAACGGUAAUUCAAUAUAUCAAAUUAACACCAUAUUUCUGUGCUUCAAAUGUGUUUAUUGGUCUGAAGUGAUCUCAGUUGUCAUAUUAUCAUUAAGUGGAAAAAUGUCAUGAUUAUUAAAUGUGUGGAAACAAAAUCUAUAUUAUGCAUUUUUUUUGGUGAACUCAG